AACAGACGGCGGCGGUGCUGGGCGCUGGGCCAAUAGGCGGCCGCCGUGUUGCGAGGUGGGGAGGCGAGGCGGAAGUGCUGGGGCCCUGGAGGCGCCAUGGGGGUGAAGCUGGAGAUCCUGCGGAUGCUGCUGUACCUGUCCUUCCCCGUCGGGCUGUUCUGGGUCUCCAACCAGGCCGAGCACUUCCAGCGCCACGUGGUGCAGCGCAAGAGGGAGAUUUUUCCUCCGGACGACCCCCAGCGGCGGCAGGCGAUGGCGGAGCUGAAGCGGCGGCUGCGGGAGGGGAAGGGGACGCGGGACUGAGGGGACGCGGGGACACCCGGCCACCCCCCCCGCGGUGACCGAGGGGACGCGCGGCAGCGGGGUGACGGCGCCCUGGUGGUGACAGAGGGGACACACGGCCGCGUGCUGUCACCGCGGCCACAUCGUGCCGCCACCGCCGUGGCCGCCUUGGUGACAGAGGGGACACGUGGCCACGUCUUGUCCCCACGGCGGGGUCCUGAUGCCACCGCUGUGGCCACCUUGGUGACAGAGGGGACACGUGGCCGCAUCCCGGUGCCACCACCGUGAACAGGCCGAUGACAGAGGGGACACACGGCUGCAUCUUGUCCCCACGGUGGGGUCCUGAUGCCACCACUGUGGCCACCUUGGUGACAGAGGGGACACGUGGCCGCAUGUUGUCCCCACGGCGGGGGUCCUGAUGCCACCACUGUGGCCACCUUGGUGACAGAGGGGACACGUGGCCGCGUCUUGUCACCGGAGAUUCGUCCUGAUGCCAUCGUGGUGGCCACGUUGGUGACAGAGGGGACACGUGGCCGCGUCUUGUCACCGGAGAUUCAUCCCGAUGCCAUCGCGGUGGCCACGUUGGUGACAGAGGGGACACACGGCCGCGUGCUGUCACCGUGGCCACAUUGUGCCACCACCGCCGUGACCACCUUGGUGACAGAGGGGACACGUGGCCACGUCUUGUCACCGGAGAUUCAUCCCGAUGCCACCGCCGGGGUCACGUUGGUGACAGAGGGGACACACCGCCGCGUGCUGUCACCGUGGCCACAUUGUGCCACCACCGCCGUGGCCGCCUUGGUGACAGAGGGGACACGUGGCCGCGUCUUGUCACCGGAGAUUCAUCCUGAUGCCCCCCGCCGGGGUCACGUUGGUGACAGAGGGGACACACGGCCACAUGCUGUCACUGCGGCCACAUCGUGACGCCACCGCCGUGGCCGCCUUGGUGACAGAGGGGACACGUGGCCGCGUCUUGUCACCGGAGAUUCAUCCCGAUGCCACCGCCGGGGUCACAUUGGUGACAGAGGGGACACGUGGCCCCAGCUUGUCACCGGAGAUUCAUCCCGAUGCCACCGCCCGGGGUCACGUUGGUGACAGAGGGGACACGUGGCCCCGGCUUGUCACGACGCCCGGCGGCGGCGGGACCCGUGGCCGCGCCCUGGUGCCACCGCGGCGGGUGACGGCGGGUGACGGCGGGGACCGGGUGACACGGGGACAGGCGGCGUCUGGAGCUGCCCCGCCCUGGUGCCCGCGCCGUGACGGCGGCCGCCGAGGGGACGAGUGACGCCCCGCGCGGCCCCACCCCCCAAUAAACGCUGCUGGCACUGCCUGCGGGGGGUCACGGUGACGGGGGCGUCCCCGGGGGGGGCUCGGCUGUCCCCUAGUGCCACCUGGGGGUCGGCUGUCCCCUGGGGACCGCGUGUCCCCUGUCUGCUGUGGGUGUCCCCUAGUGUCACCCCCCCCAGGUGUCCUGUGUCCACCGGUGUCACCCACCCGCUGUGAA